AUGCUUCCUACCACCGUCGCUGUCACGCCACUGCUGCCAUCGCCACCCACCACAGGUAGCCAUGAGUUCGUCAUUCUCAUUGCCAAACUCAAAGAAACAAACCAGAGAAUUCAAGAGGGGAGAUGCGAAUUGAAAGGAGCCAUGAAUAUGCAAGGCCUUCAUCAUCAACAACAACAGUUGGCAGCUCUGCUCUCCGUUGCUCUCCCCAAAGACAAGGAUUCUUCAUCUUCAUCCUCAUCGCAACACAACAAUCCAUCGUCUGAAGGUGGAGAAGACGACGCUUCUCGAUUGGCAGCCAUUAACUCACUUCACCGCGCCAUUGUUUAUCCUCAUAACUCACUCCUUGUCACUCACUCUGCCUCGUUUCUCGCUCAGGGGUUUUCGCAACUCAUUGCAGACAAAUCAUAUACGGUACGUCAAGCUGCUGCAACAGCCUAUGGUGCCUUGUGUGCAGUCUUAUGUUCACUCCCUAUUGGGUCAAAUGGAAGACAAAACCAUGUAAUUCUUGGAAAUUUAGUGGAUAGAUUUAUAGGAUGGGCAUUGCCAUUGUUUAGCAAUAUUAAUGCUGGUGAUGGGACAGUGGAAAUUGCAGCAGAAGGUCUUCAUGAAUUCCUCAAUGUUGCAGACAUUGGAGCUACUGAGAGAUACGCAUUACCAAUUCUCAAAGCAUGUCAAGAGCUUCUUGAGGAUGAAAGAACCUCCUUAAGCUUACUGCAUCGCCUUUUGACUGUGUUGACUUUGAUUUCUUUGAAGUUCUUUAUCUGUUUCCAGGCCCAUUUUGUUGACAUAGUUGAUUUGCUUCUUGGGUGGGCAAUGAUACCUGACCUUGCUGAAUCUGAUAGGAGUGUCAUUAUGGAUAGCUUUUUGCAAUUUCAAAAACACUGGGUCAACAACUUACAAUUCUCCUUGGGAUUGCUUUCAAAGUUUUUGGGUGACAUGGAUGUACUACUUCAAGAUGGAAGCCCUGGGACCCCACAACAACGUCAAAGAUUGCUUGCUUUGUUGUCUUGUUUUUCUACAGUUUUACAAUCUACAGCUUCUGGGUUGCUGGAGAUAAAUUUACUGGAAGAAAUUAAAGACCCCCUCACUAGAAUGCUUCCUCAGUUGUUACAAUGUUUGUUAAUGGUUGGAAGGAAAUACGGUUGGUCAAAAUGGAUAGUGGACUCCUGGAAGUGUCUGACUCUUUUGGCUGAAAUUCUGAGUGAGAGGUUUUCAUCGUUCUACAGUAUUGCAGUUGAUAUCCUGUUUCAAAGCCUGGAUAUGAGGAACACUGCUAAAACUUUGAAUGCUGAGAAACUGACUUCUUUUCAGGUUCAUGGGGUUCUCAAGACCAAUCUUCAGUUACUUUCACUUCAGAAGCUUGGUCUUCUAUCUUCAUCAGUAAAUAAAAUAUUACAGUUUGAUUCACCUGUUUCCCAGCUUCGUCUGCAUCCAAAUCACCUGGUGACCUCAAGUUCUGCUGCUACAUAUGUCUUCUUACUUCAACAUGGAAACAAUGAAGUUGUUGAAUGUGCAAUGAAUUCAUUACUUGAAGAGCUAAACAUGUUAAAAAGCAUGCUUGGGGGCGUUGUGGCUCCUAAAGUAUUUUCCAAAACCGAGCUUUUUGCACUCUUUAAGUUUGAUAUGAAAGUUCUCCUGAGUUGUGUUUCUUUGGGUGGUGGUAGUAGUUUGAUAGGCCAACCAGAGAUCGAUACUUUAUAUGUUAAUAGAUCAAAGAAAAUGAUAUAUCAUGUCCUUGACAAUCUGAAUCCUUUUGAAUCACCUAUUCAAGGAUAUAUGGAGUUACAAGUAACCAUUUUCAAGAUGCUAAAUAGGCUAAGUAUAGUGGAAUUUCUCAGUAAGUUCUCAUUGAGGAAACAUAACAAUGGGGUUGGACCUUCAAUGUUGAUGUUGGAGCAUUUCAGGAAGUACAGUCAGCUCCUCACAAAAGCUCUUAAUGUUUCAUCUCCUUUAGCAGUGAAGUUAGAAGCAUUACAAUGGAUACAUACAUACUGUCAGACUGUUAAACGUAUGCAUGACAAGUCAAAGUGUGCAGAUUAUGAUUCUGAGGCUAUUGGGUAUCUUGAGUUUUUUGGUGAGAUUGUGUUCUCUGUUCUUGAUGCUGCAUCUGAUAGGGAACCAAAAGUGAGGUGUCAGGUUGCAUUGGUAUUGGAAAUGUUUCUGCACUCAAAACUUAUACACCCCUCACAAAUGUACGCAUUAACCGAAGUUAUUCUUGAAAAGCUUGGAGACCCAGAUGAAGAUAUCAAAGAAUUAUUUUUGAAGUUGCUUUCUCAUGCAUUGCCCAUCACAGUACUUGUAUGUGGCAUACAUGAUGACGUGACAGUUACAAAAUACAGGCGACCAAUCAUGCAGUGGAAGCAAAUUUUCGCCUUGAAGCAACUGCCACAUCAGCUUCACUCAAAGCAGCUUGUUUCCAUCCUAAGUUACAUUUCACAAAGAUGGAAGGUGCCUCUUUCUUCUUGGAUCCAGCGGCUUGUCCAUGCUUGUCACAAUUCAAAAGAUUUUGCUUUAGCCCAACAAGAAGACACAGGAAACCUGCAUGUGAUUAGCUUGUUUUUGGACAUGAACAUGGAGGAAGAUCUUCUAGAAAGAACAUGUUCAGUCAACCUCCUUGCUGGAGCAUGGUGGGCCAUACAUGAAGCAGCUAGAUACUGUAUUACUACACGCCUUCGGACCAAUCUUGGUGGGCCCUCACAAACUUUUGCUGCUUUGGAGCGAAUGCUUGUGGAUGUUGCACAUGUAUUACAGGCGAAUACUGACCAAAGUGAUGCAAACCUAAAUAUUUUAGGUUCUUCUUAUUCUCAUGCUCACUUGUUACCACUGAGGUUAUUACUUGAUUUUGUCGAGUCUUUGAAGAAAAACGUGUACAAUGCUUAUGAUGGAUCAACUGUUUUACCAUCUCCAUCUCGCCAGAGUUUUGUUUUCUUUAAAGCAAAUAAAAAAGUCUGUGAAGAAUGGUUUUCUCGUAUAUGUGAGCCAAUGAUGAAUGCAGGUCUUGCACUUCAGUGUCAUGAUGCUACAAUUCAUUACUGUAGUUUGCGUCUGCAAGAGCUCAAAAGUUUAUUGGGUUCAUCUAUGAAGGACAAGUCAAGGACCCAAGUCAUUGAAAAUCUUCAAAAUAUGAAAUCUAGGUUCUUGGGAGAUAUCUUGAGGGUCUUACGGCAUAUGACCUUGUCUUUAUGUAAGAAUCAUGAGCCAGAGGCUUUAAUCGGGUUGCAAAAAUGGGUAUCGGCUGCAUUUUUUCCUUUGUUUAUGGAAGAAAACCAAAGUAUGAUUGGACCUUUGUCCUGGAUCACAGGGCUUGUCUAUCAAGCACAAGGUCAAUACGAAAAGGCUGCUGCUCACUUCACUCAUUUGUUACAAACUGAAGAGUCACUUGGCUCAAUGGGCUCUGAAGGUGUACAAUUUGCCAUAACUCGUAUAAUUGAAAGUUACAGUGCAGUUUCGGAUUGGAAAUCCCUUGAAUCUUGGCUAUCAGAGUUGCAACUUCUUCGUGCUAAGCAUGCUGGUAAAAGCUAUUCUGGUGUUCUAACAAUGGCAGGAAACGAGUUAAAUGCCAUUCAUGCCCUUGCUCAUUUUGAUGAUGGUGAUUACAAGUCAGCAUGGGGUUGCCUUGACUUGACGCCUAAAAGUAGCAAUGAACUUGCACUAGACCCGAAAGUAGCUUUGCAAAGGAGUGAGCAGAUGCUUUUACAAGCAAUGCUUUACAAUAUUGAAGGAAAUUUGGAUAAAGUGCAGCAUGAACUACAGAAGGCGAAAUUAAUGCUUAAUGAAACAUUUACCACUUUGCCACUUGAUGGGUUAACAGAAGCAGCAGAACAUGUUCAUCAGUUGCAUUGCAUAUCUGCAUUUGAAGAGAGUUGCAAGAUUUCAGGCACCCAAGACAUUUUAAGUUCAUAUAUUCGAGAAGUGCAGUUCCCAAGCAAUCACAUUUAUCAAGAUUGCAAACCAUGGAUGAAAACUCUCCGUGUUUAUCAAACCAUUCAUUCCAACUCUCCAGUGACUCUAAAUCUCAGCUUAAAUUUACUGCGUUUAGCUCGAAAACAAAAGAACCUGAUUUUGGCAAAUCGUCUCAAUGACUAUUUGAAGUGUCGUUUAGGUGAAGAAAGUUUUCAUAAAUCCAUCCUCUCAAGUUUACAAUAUGAAGGCAUACUCUUGAUGCGUGCUGAGAACAGGCUUGAAGAGGCAUACACAGGUCUAUGGUCAUUUGUUAGUCCUUUCAUGCUUCACUCAUCACCUAUUGUUUCGGUUAUCCCUGAUGGUGUUUUAAAGGCGAAAGCCUGCUUAAAACUUUCAAAAUGGUUAAAAAAGGACCACUUGGAUGCCAAUUUGGAGAACAUUAUUCUAAAGAUACGAUCAGAAUACAGUGAUGAUACUACCAACUAUCGACCUAGGAUGGAUCUCAUUGUUGAGGAGCUUGUAGGGACAGCUACUAAGCUCUCUUCACGACUUUGUCCCACUAUGGGAAAGUCAUGGAUCUCUUAUGCUUCUUGGUGUUAUGCUCAAGCUAAGGAGACAAGUGACACCACCCUUCAAUCCUGCUCGUUUUCUCCAAUUCUUGAUUCAGAACUUGUACCAGACAGGUUUAGGUUAACUGAAGAAGAGGUCUCAAGAGUCAAACAUGUUGUUUCAGAGCUUCUUCAGAAAGCAAGAGAUGUUAAAGACUUAGAUAGCAACAAUGUUCAUGCGGUGGUGCAGCAAGUAGUGAAUAUAAUAGAAGCUGCAGCUGGAGAACUUGAAUGCCUUUCUGUUGUUGUUGCCUCCAAGUUGCAGAAAUUCUUUCUUUUUGCCAAUAUUGAUGUUGAGGGAAGUUCGUUUUUUAACGAGUUGGUUGAUGUUUGGUGGUGUUUGAGAAAGAGAAGGGUAUCUCUAUUUGGGCAUGCAGCUCAAGCUUAUAUAAAUUACCUCUCACAUUCAUCUUCCAAGUUAUGGGGUAGUCAAACAGAAGGUCAAAAGAAUUCUAGUUAUACCUUGAAAGCUACACUUCAUGUCCUGCAUAUUCUCCUUAACUAUGGGGUGGAGUUAAAAGUUACUCUUGAACCUGCACUUUCAACAGUUCCUUUGUUGGCAUGGCAGGAAGUAACUCCUCAACUAUUUGCUCGGUUAAGCUCUCACCCUGAAGAAGAUGUUAGGAAACAGCUCGAGGGCAUUUUGGUCAUGCUGGCAAAACAAUCUCCAUGGUCGAUAAUUUAUCCAACCCUCGUUGAUAUUAACACAAGUGAAGAGGAUCCUUCGAUGGAGCUUACACGAAUAUUGGCAUGUUUGAACAAGCAAUAUCCAAGAUUAGUCCAGGAUGUUCAACUCAUGAUUAAAGAGCUAGAAAAUGUAACCAUUCUUUGGGAAGAAUUGUGGCUCAGCACACUGCAAGAUCUUCACUCAGAUGUAAUCGGACGGAUAAAUUUGCUGAAAGAGGAGGCAUCACGUAUUGCAGAGAAUGUGACUCUUAGUCAUACUGAAAAAAGCAAGAUAAAUGCAGCAAAAUACUCUGCUAUGAUGGCACCAAUUGUUGUUACCCUGGAGCGUCGUUUAGCUUCCACCUCACGUAAACCUGAAACACCUCAUGAAAUAUGGUUCCACAAUGAGUACAUGGGACAAAUCAAGUCAGCCAUUUCAAACUUCAAAACUCCACCAUCUGCUGUCACACUAGGGGAAGUUUGGAGACCAUUUGACACCAUUGUUGCAUCUUUAGCAUCCUAUCAAAGAAAAUCAUCAAUAUCAUUGUCAGAAGUCGCACCUCAAUUGGCUCUACUUUCAUCAUCCGAUGUCCCAAUGCCAGGUCAGGGUAAUAUUGUCACAAUCACAUCUUUCUCUGAACAAGUAGUUAUCUUGCCAACAAAGACGAAACCGAAAAAGCUUGUUAUAAUGGGCUCAGAUGGUCAGAAAUACCCUUAUCUGUUAAAAGGCAGGGAAGACCUUCGACUUGAUGCUAGAAUAAUGCAACUUUUGCAAGCCAUAAAUGGUUUUCUGCAUUCGUCUCCUAUUGGCAUUCGCCAUUAUUCAGUGACACCUAUUAGUGGUCGAGCUGGUUUAAUUCAAUGGGUGGAAAAUGUAACAAGUAUUUAUAGUGUGUACAAGUCUUGGCAGAAUCGCGUCCAGGUGGCACAGCUUUCAGGGGUUGCUUCUACCAAUACAAAGAACUCAGUGCAAUCGCAUGUACCUCGGCCUACUGAUAUGUUUUAUGGUAAAAUUAUACCAGCGUUAAAGGAAAAAGGCAUACGAAGAGUGAUUUCUAGAAAAGAUUGGCCUCAUGAAGUUAAGAGAAAAGUUCUUUUGGACCUUAUGCAGGAGACUCCUAAACAGCUUCUUCAUCAAGAAAUAUGGUGUGCAAGUGAAGGUUUCAAAGCCUUCCGCUCAAAAUUGAAAAGGUAUUCUGGAAGUGUAGCAGCCAUGAGCAUGGUAGGGCACAUAUUGGGUCUUGGGGACAGGCAUUUGGAUAAUAUUCUUUUGGACUUCCAUAGUGGUGAUAUUGUUCACAUUGAUUAUAACGUGUGCUUUGACAAAGGGCAAAGGUUAAAAGUUCCAGAAAUUGUCCCCUUCCGUCUGACUCAAACACUUGAGGCAGCUUUAGGAUUAAUGGGCACUGAGGGCUCCUUCAAGAAAAACUGUGAAGCAGUUCUUGGUAUCUUGAAAAAGAAUAAAGAUGUAGUCUUGAUGUUGUUAGAGGUUUUUGUGUGGGACCCUCUUGUGGAGUGGACACGUGGCGAUUUUCAUGAUGAUGCUGCCAUUGUUGGUGAAGAAAGAAAAGGAAUGGAACUUGCAGUUAGUUUGAGUCUCUUUGCUUCUCGUGUGCAAGAAAUUCGUGUACCUUUGCAGGAACAUCAUGAUCUCUUAUUGGCUACACUACCAGCUGUGGAAUCUGCUCUUCAGCGUUUUGCAGACAUCCUAAGCCAAUAUGAGAUUGUAUCUUCCAUCUACAAUCGCACAGAACAAGAAAGAUCUAACCUUAUUAUCCACGAAACAUCAGCUAAAACCAUUGUUGCUGAAGCAACUAAUAAUCUUGAAAAAACACGCACAUUGUACGAGUUACAGGGUCGUGAAUUUUCUCAAACUAAAGCUUCUGUAGCUGAAAAAGCCUUAGAGGCAGCUGCCUGGAUCGAACAACAUGGAAGAAUCAUUGAAGCUCUAAGAAGCAGUUCAAUCCCAGAGAUAAAAUCCCACAUAAAUUUAAUUGGAAACGAAAAAUCUUUAUCUCUUACAUCUGCUGUCCUAGUAGCAGGGGUUCCAUUUACUGUUGUCCCAGAGCCUACACAAGUCCAAUGCCAUGAUAUAGACAGAGAAGUUUCUCAGUUAAUUUCUGAUUUAGAUCAUGGGAUUACAUCUUCUGUUACAUCUCUCCAAACAUAUUCUUUAGCUUUACAAAGAAUUCUUCCAUUAAAUUACCUUACAACCAGUCCAGUCAACAGUUGGGCACAAAUUCUGAAACUUUCUGUCAGUACAAUUUCAUCAGAUGUUCUGUCCAUUACCAGAAGACAAGGUGCUGAACUUGUUGCAAAUGUUCGUGAAGAUGGUUUUGACACAGUGAAGAGCCUUCAUAAUGAUCUUUGUGUUCAAGUGGAAAAGUAUGCGGAUGAGAUUGAGAGAGUUGAAAAAGAGUAUCAAGAAUUGGUGAAUUCGAUUGGUUCAGAAACCGAGUCACGAGCUAAAGAUCGUCUCAUGGCUGCUUUCACAAAGUUUUUACAAAGUGAUUUCAACAAGAAUGAGGAAAUUUUAACCAUGGUUGGGUUAGCUGUAAGUUCUGUUUAUAAUGAGGUUAAGGUUAGGUUACUUGAGGUAUUGAAUCAUUCAAGUGGGACAAGAGCUGAUCUGGCAACCCUUUUAUGCGAGUUUGAAGAGAAGAUAGAGAAAUGUGUUCUUGUAGCAGGUUGGGUGAAUGAAAUAAAGCAGUCUACUUUCAAUAGAGAAGAAGAUUCUUUUGAGACAAACUGGGCUUCAAUUUUCAAAACCAAUUUACUUUCAUGUAAAAACUUGGUUGCUCAAAUGAUUGAAAAUGUUCUACCAAACAUCGUAAGAUCUGUGAUUUCAUACGAUUCAGAAAUCAUGGAUGCAUUUGGAUCUCUUUCACAAAUCAGGGGUUCGAUCGAUACAGCAUUGGAACAAUUAAUUGAGGUUCAAAUAGAGAGAGGGUCUUUAAUGGAGUUAGAACAGAGCUAUUUUGUGAAAGUGGGUUUCAUUACUGAACAACAGUUGGCUCUUGAAGAGGCUGCUGUUAAAGGUAGAGAUCAUCUUUCAUGGGAGGAAGCUGAAGAGUUGGCAUCUCAAGAAGAAGCUUGUAGAGCACAGCUUGAAGAACUACAUCAAACAUGGAAUCAGAAAGACAUUCGAACUUCUUCUUUAAUGAAAAGGGAAGCAAGUAUUCGAAACGGUUUAAUCUCUGCUGAAAAUCAUUUUCAGUCUUUAAUUAGUCAAGAACAAGAAAAGGAACCACAAUAUUCAAGAAGCAAAGCUCUCCUUUUAGCAUUAGUCCAGCCGUUCUUUGAAUUGGAAUCAGUUGAUAAGACAUUAUCAUCAUAUUCAUCAGAUUCUUCAAAUGGAAUGAUCACCCAAGUUACUGAUAUGAUUACCUAUGGUAGUGCAGUACCAGGGUUUAUUUGGAAAUUCUCGGCUUCAUCCCGGGAUCAAAAUUUGGGAUUUGACCAGAUUCUAAAUGCUGUCAAGAAAAAGUUAUCAAUCCAACUCCAAGAACAUAUCGGUCAAUAUCUAAAGGACAAAAUCGCCCCUCUUUUGUUGACCAUGCUGAAUUCAGAAAUCGAACUUUUAAAGCAACCAACUAUGACUCAAAACGAAUUUGAAGAGAUACGAGAUACGGGUGGUGUUGAAAGAGUGAAACAAAUGCUUGAAGAAUACUGCAACGCACACGAAACAGUAAGAGCAGGAAUGUCAGCUGCAUCACUCAUGAAAAGACAAGUGAAAGAACUUAAAGAUGGUUUAUAUAAAACGUGUCUAGAUAUUGUCCAGCUGGAAUGGAUGCAUGAUGUCACCUUGAGUCCAUUACAUAACUGCAGACUCAUAUGUCACAAGUUUCUUUCAAGUGAGGACAACACGCUUCCAGUUAUUCUAAACCUAAGCAGACCUAGAUUAUUGGAAACUAUACGGUCUUCAGUAGGUAAAGUAGUUCGAUCACUAGACUGCCUACAAGCUUGUGAACAGACUUCAAUUACAGCAGAAGGGCAGCUUGAGAGAGCCAUGGGGUGGGCUUGUGGUGGUCCUAAUUCAGGUUUGACCGGGUCAAACUCAAACUCAAACUCUGGAAGGACCUCCUCUGGUAUUCCACCUGAGUUUCAUGAUCAUUUAGCAAAGAGGCGACAACUGUUAUGGGGUGCUCGAGAAAAGGCAUCAGACAUUAUCAAAAUCUGUAUGUCAAUAUUGGAUUUUGAAGCAUCUAGAGAUGGGGUACUAGGGGCAGAUGGCAGUGGGAGGGCAUGGCAACAAGCUUACUUUAAUGCGUUAACAAAUUUGGAUGCCACAUAUCAUUCCUUCACACGUACAGAGCAUGAGUGGGAGUUAGCACAGAGUGAUAUGGAAGCUGCUUCAAAUGGUUUGCUUGUGGCAAGCAAUGAACUGCGUGUUGCUUCUGCUAAAGCAAAGUCUUCAUCUGGUGAUUUACAGGAGACUUUUGUUGCUAUGAGAGACUGUGCUUAUGAAGCCAGCAUUGCAUUGUCUGCUUUUGGAUCCAUUACCAGGGGUCACACUGCUCUCACUUCUGAGUGUGGUUCCAUGCUUGAAGAGGUUUUGGCAAUAACAGAAGGUCUACACGAUGUUCACACUCUGGGAAAAGAGGCUUCUGCAUUACACUCUUCUCUUAUGGGAGACCUUUCAAAGGCAAAUAGCAUUGUACUUCCACUGGAAUCAGUGUUGACUAAAGAUGUUGAUGCAAUGACUGAAGCUAUGAACAAAGAGAGAGAGACAAAAAUGGAAAUAUCUCCUAUUCAUGGACAGGCCAUUUACCAUUCUUACCAUGCAAAAAUUAAGGAUGCAUGUCAUGUGAUUAAACCUUUGGUUCCAUCACUUACAUUUUCAGUCAAAGGACUCCAUUCCAUGCUUACAAGAUUGGCACGAACUGCAAAUAUCCAUGCUGGAAAUCUUCACAAGGCUCUUGAAGGAUUAGGUGAAAGCCAAGAAAUAAGGUCACAAGACUUAAACUUAUCAUCAAGGCCAGAUCUUGUAGCUGAUGACACUGAAUACAACAACACCACCACCAACAAAGAUAACGACACUUUGUCAAGAUCCGAUACAGAAUGUGAUGAAGACUUGCCUCAAACCACUGGAUUCAGUUUGCAAGAUAAAGGGUGGAUAUCUCCACCAGACACUAUUUAUGAUGCCAGCUCAGCAGACUCUGUCUCUGGUCCUAUAUCCACUUCCAAUAGUUUCACUGGUUCAGAACUAACCGAACCGCAUCCAGAUGGACAUGAUUCCAAACAAAACAACAAUGUAUCUGGUUCUGAUUCUGUGGAAUCAGAAUCUAGAGAAAAAGAUGAUGAUUUGAAAGAUGUGGCAUCAGUGCGUUCUGGUACUUCUGUAUCAAGUCUCUCUGAAAUGAAUGUAGGAGUUGAAAAUAUAAAAAUUGGUGCCCAACAUCAAGAAUCUUUAUUGGAUCAAGAGGAAACCCAUAAAUCACCUAUGCAAAAUGUACAUGUUACAGGCCAAGCCAGCAGGGUAAAAGGUAAAAAUGCAUAUGCCGUGUCAGUUUUAAGGCGAGUAGAAAUGAAAAUAGAAGGUCGAGAUAUCACUGAUAACAGAGAUAUAAGUAUUGCAGAGCAAGUUGAUUAUUUGGUUAGGCAAGCAACAAAUGUGGAUAACCUCUGCAAUAUGUACGAAGAUCUCAGGUUCAGGGCUGGACAUCACCUUCCUUGCCUUUGCCCUUGCCCUCGGGCACAUUUGAGUUUUGGAGGUUUGAGACGAGAAUCUUUUUGACAAACUGUCUCUAGGUUUCUCGGAAAGCGAAAGAUUGGUAAACAUGGGGCCCACAACUUAUUUAUAAUUGCAUGUACAUGUUGGCAAGUUUCUUGUGUUAUGUGGUAACUACCUUUCUGCAUGCUUCAAAGAGAUGCAAUUUCUAAUUUCCACAUGCAUUCAUGACAUAAAACAUACUGUUUCUCAUUUUUUAAAAUGAUAUCAAGGUGAUCAAAUAUAUCCGGUCCAUGUCUUUAAUUUACAAAUAUCGAUCUCUGUAAUCUUUUCAAUAGUUAGAUGGUGAAGAUGAACCGAUGUUACAGUUUGAUCGACUUUCCAUUAAGAAAUAAAGAGAGAUGUAACUGUAUAUAUAACCCAUUCACAUGAAAAAAAAUGUUGAAGUCAUUAAAAAUAUAUAACAACAAAUAUAUUAUCUUCGUGGUUUAUUUGUUAGUGUCGG